AUGCGUAAAAGGUGUGCGUAAAGGGCGUUUGGUUGUUUCUCGGUAAACUCUCGAGUUUCAGCCGUCGAUCAGAAGAGUAAAAGUGUUUAUUCCAUCGAAUUCGCAGCGUCAAAGCUUCUCAGAAGAAAGUCCGAUCAAUAAAUCGGCGAUAUAUUUACGCACAUGAUGGAUUUACAGAAGUUUGUUGCUGCGCUGCUGCUUUUCGGUUUGGCGACUGUUGUCACUCAGUCUUCUGCUAAUAAUAAAGCGUGUGAGGAAAGAAACGGGACCAGCUGUGAAGAGUGCCUGAACAACGUGACGUGCUUGUGGUGUAUACCCACAAAGUCAUGUUUGACAUACCCUGUGAGGACCAUCCUACCACCACAUGCUCUCUGCCCACUGAAUGAUGCACGCUGGGGUCUCUGCUGGAUGAACUUCCAGACGCUGAUAAUCACUUUGGCGGUGUUGGGUGGCGCCAUCAUCAUCGCCCUGCUGGUGUGCCUGUUUUGUUGCUGCAAGUGUGAGAACUUUGGAACCCAAAGGUUUGAGGCCAAAAUGCAGAGACAGGCCGAAAAGACAAGGACCAAACAAGAAGCACGGAGAGAAGAGAUGAGGCAGAAACAUGACGAGAUCAGGAAGAAAUAUGGGCUAAGUGGAGCCAACCCCUACUCCAAAUUUACAUGAGAGGACUGAAGAACUUGGUGCGAUGCUAUGGACCGCCCAGCUUUCCCUGACCUCUGACCUUGUGCCUUACAGACAUCCCCAGGCAGGCUGUGCCUGAAAUACUCCAGAUUCGAAUGAAAUGUGUGCACGAUAUAGUAGUAGUGCCCUCCAAAAUUCCAACAAUGCAGCCAACGGUAAUAUUCCCUGCAUCUGAAAACUCUGUAUAUACUAAUGUCGGUUAGGAACCUACAAUACAACUGUUACUAUAGUGCAUAUGACAGCGCUGCCAUCUUACCUCUUCUUUGAGUCCAUAUGCACAUAUAAAUGUGUCAAAUCUGGGCACAAGCGCUGGUGCUGCUCUGCAUCUGAACCACCGUGGGUCCUGGAUGACAACCACCCAGGCAGACAACUGGUUCGUCUCCACCUCGCUAAAGUAACCACUUCUAUCUGCAACAUCCAAGUGAAGUGUGGGUGUGCCACAAAAACUUGUAUUUUUCAACAGCAGUCUUUUUAAAACAUUCCUGAUACUGAUUCCUCAUAUUUGUACAAUAACACAGCCCCUUGGAUGCCGCUAGCAUUUAUAUAUAGACUGCGUGCUGAGCAUUCAGAUGCUCUAUGGAUUGUAACGUAGUGCUUUUUAGCUAUACUAUGAGCAGUGGUGGGCACACUUCCGAUAAUCCGAUAACAGAUAAUGAUCAAAGAUAAUGUUUUCAUUAUCGGAUUAUCUUUUUAGAUAACUUUAAAAACCAUUAUCAGACUAAUUAUCUUCCGAU